AUGGCGCCCUCGAUUCUCAAGAGCGCAAUGCUCAGCGCCCUCUGCGCCCUCAGCGCCGUCCAAGCUACCCUCACAGUCACUGAGACGUCCUCCCUCGUCACGCUCAAGAACGACCGCCUCACCGCGAUCGUCGGCAAGUCCAGCGGCGCCGUCAUAGACCUCAUGCUCGACGGGCGCGACCUUCUCGGCGCGCAAUCCGGGUCCACGGGGAUCCUGUACCUGGACUGCUACUGCAUCCCGAGUGGCUUCUACACCGUCGGGUCCACGACGCCGUCGAUCCAGGUCGUCAACGGCACCGACAGCACGGGCACGCGCUACGGCGGCGUCGUGCUCUCCGACACCUACACGCCCACCGGCCAGUUCUUCCAGCAGUUCUGGUUCCUGCGCGACGGCGAGACGGGGCUGCACACGUUCACGCGCUUGUCGUAUUUCAACGAGACCACGCCGUUCCUGCGGAACCUACAGGAGCUACGGACGCUGUUCCGGCCGAAUGCGAACCUGGGCUUGUGGACGCAUCUGUCGACGAAUGAGGAGCAGACGGCGCCGUUGCCGUCGAAGGCAGGAGUGGCGAAGCAGACGGUGGUUCAGGAUGCGACUUGGACGCUGGAGAAUACCCCGGAUGAUCCGUACUAUAAGGAGUUUGCAGAGUACUUCACAAAGUACACGUUUUCGAGCGACUGGAGGCAGACAAUUGCCCAUGGCAUGUAUGCGGACGGCAGCACAUCGAACGGCACCAGCUUUGGCGCGUGGUUGGUGAUGAACUCGAAGGACACCUACUUUGGCGGUCCUCUGCACUCUGAUCUCACAGUCGACGGCAUUGUCUAUAACUAUAUCGUCUCCAACCACCACGGCGAGGGCACCCCCAAUAUCACCAACGGCUUCGACCGCACCUUCGGCCCCCACUACUACCACUUCAACUCCGCCCCCGGCGCCAGCAUCGAGACCCUCCGCGCCGAUGCCGAACAAUACGCCUCUCCCACCUGGAAUGCCGACUUCUACGACAGCAUCGCGCCUUACGUCCCCGGCUACGUCCCCAGCGCCGACCGCGGCGUCUUUGAGGGCUCAUUCAAGCUUCCCGCCGGCGCAAAGCGGCCAAUCGCCGUGCUGAGCAAGUCCGGCAUCAACUUCCAGGACAAUGCGGAGGACACCACGGCGUACCAGUACUGGGGCGAGAUUGAUGCGAGUGGAGCCGUCAAGAUCCCGAGGGUCAAGAAGGGCACGUACAGGCUCACCGUCUAUGCCGAUGGCGUGUUCGGCGACUACAUCAAGGACGAUAUCAAGGUGUCCGCCGGGAAGACGACCAAGUCUUCCGCGACAUGGAAGGAGGAGUCUGCAGGGACGGAGGUGUGGCGGCUGGGAACCCCGGACAAGUCGUCCGGAGAGUUCAGACACGGCAAUGCAAAGGACCUGACGCAUCCACGGCAGCCGCGGGAGUACUGGGUCUAUUGGGGUGGCUAUGACUUCCCCACCGACUUUCCCAACGGCGUGAACUUCACCAUCGGGGAGAGCGACCUCGCAGCGGACUUCAACACCGUGCACUGGAGCGUCUUUGGGCCGACCCAUAACCGCGACAAUAUCUACACCCAGAACAUGAACAACUGGACCAUCAACUUCGACCUCACGGCUGCCGAUCUCAAGAAGAAGAAGACCGCCACCCUGACCAUCCAGCUCGCAGGUGCCAAGACGGCUGCAGGAAACACGGAUAUCAAUUCUGCUGCUGAGCCGUACGCAAACCUGCCGCUGACGACGUAUGUGAAUGGGCAGAGCGAGGGGCUGCCGUUCGUCAUCCCGUACUAUCACAGCAGCAGCUGCAUCGUGAGGAGCGCGGUCAGCUGCUACCAGGUUGCGAAGAAGUUGACGUUUUCGACCGAGUGGCUGAAGGUUGGUAGUAACAAGUUGGUGUUGAGCUUGCCAUUCAAUGGGACGGAUACGGAGACGGCGGUGUUGCCGACGGCGCUGUAUGUGCAGUAUGAUGCGCUGAGGUUGGAGUUGGCGUAG